AUGUUUCUUGAUUGUGAUGCUAUGACAACAACAUCAACGACAACGACGACAACAACAACAGUUACUACAUCUAUAGAAAUGACAAAUAAGUUAGAAAUUACAUUUACUGCAGAAAAUCUUCUUUAUACAACAACAGAAAUUCCAAUAUCAACAUCAACACCAUGGUAUUUUAAAUAUACUAAACCACCUAGAUCAGUAAAUAAUGCAAAAAAAUUAUUUACUGUACUUGGUACAUUAAUAACCAUAACAGUUGGCGCAAUUAUUCUUGUUAUUUGUUGGUAUCGUCUUAAAACAAUAUAUAAACGAAAACAAAAGAGAAAAAACCAUGUUGAGCAACAAAGAAAUUUGAAUUUACCAUCAAAGAAUAAUAAUAAUAAUAAUAAUAAUUCUCAAUUAACAGCACCACGUUAUGCUUCAUCCGACAUGUUAAGUAGUGUAUAUAGUACACAGUUAGCCGGCAAUACAAGUCAAUCACAAUCAUUGAUUGCACCGGCAUCACCACCAUCAAUCGUUUAUAAAAAUAUCGAUGCUAUAACUGAUGAGUCUAUUCAAAAUUAUAUUGAUGAUGAAAAUCAACAACAACAGCGACAGCAACAGCAACAAGAACAAGAACAACCACAAGAUUUAACAAAUGAUAAUAUGACAGAAAUACAAGCAACUACUCAAUGUUAA